CCGCCAAAUUUUGGUCCCGUUUUAAACGUUCUUCACCUUUGCCAUCCCAGAGUGCACUACUUCCGUACUUCACCCUUCCAUCCAAAUCCUGGCCCCACUUCUUCUCCGCAGUCCUUCUUCUUGCCCCUACAGUGCGCGAGCUUCUAUUGUGCCCAUAGUUCUCGUAGAGAUUUCGUGAGGAUCGCUUGUGCCGGCUGCCCGUGCUGCGAAUACGUUGUUCGGACUUCUUUUUGAUCCUUGGUUUAUAACAAUCAAGCCUAUAUUAUAUCACUGACGUAUCUAAAAUUUUACGUCCUUUUUCGACAGUUAUAGAUAGCUUUGAAACGUCGUGCCGCUUAAUUAGGCGGUUAUCUUUUUGUCUUUCAUUGUUUUUCGGCAUCUCAUCGUCGUCACGAUGAAGGUUUUGCCUUUGCAACAAUUACCGAUGCCAAACGUUACCAAUUCGUUGUUCCCAUUCAACCAGAGUCUUGAGGACGAGAUGAAGAGACUCUUCGCCAACUUCACUCUCACUGCUGAAAAAUUCGUCAAAUCUCAAACCGAGGACGUUAUGGAGGAGUUUCGCCAUAACGGACGAGAUUUUGAAUACUGUCCGGAAUUGGAAAGCGGCAUAAUUCCACCGCCGAAUCCUCGUCGCAGGAAGAAGAAGCCUCAACCGUCGGAAUGCGUUUUUUGCAAGAACAAUGGCGAAGAAGCGCAUUAUUAUCGACGCCAUCUACUGAAAGACGCCGACGGACGUGUCGAGUGUCCGGUUCUACGCGCUUAUACUUGUCCAAUCUGCGGAGCGUUCGGCGAUAUCGCACACACGAUCAAGUAUUGUCCUGCGAAUAAGCAUCCAGAAUCAGUGGCCACUGUGAACGCGCUCAAGAUCCUGCGAAAUUCGGCAGGAAAACGACGCUCAAAGUAAAACGUCGUCCCUUCACCGAAGAAUGGGGAUCUCGCGGAUGUAGCCGUGCGAGAUGAAUCUGCUCAGCAAGGAUGAUAAACCGACAGGCUGAUCGAAGCCGUGUAUAGACGUGCCUCUGCAGCUUUAUUAUAUUGUCUACUGGCAAGUAAUCGAACGAAGUGUUAUUCCAUCUUGAGAUAAUCGUUAAUGGAACUUGUAAUUUUAUAUUUAUCCAUUGGGAUUCGCGAAGAGUAUCAGAAGCGCAUCACUGUCUUUGCUUUUUGGAAAUGUCACGAGUAGUGGAAUACGGAGGUAAUCGGGCUUCUUUAGAAAUACGAAUUAUUUUUCACUUUUUUGAAUAGCUCAUUCCUCCCGUCUUCCUUCCAGGAAAUAUUCGCGAUACUUUUAAAAGCAAGACUCUUAGUGCUUGAUUUUUCGGAAGUGCGUGCAUGUGUUAAUAACGGCCAUUAUCCUUAUGGUCUUGUAUAUUUCUCUUCUGAAUUCUCUCGCGUUUCCUCGAUGGGAUCGAAUAUGAAAUUCUUAACCGAUUCGAGUCUCGUACGAUUUUAACGAUUCUUUAUAAUACACGUGAAGUUCUGCAGCGCGCUACAAGUUCCUAUGUUAAUUAUUAGCGACAAUUAACUUUGAGAUUUGUCCAAUUAGUUUUACAAGACGGAAUGAUUAGUCGAGAACGUCUCGCGGUCUCUGUCUAUUUCUCUCGAAGAAAAAUGAAAAAUCCCUUGCAAAUAGAUUUUGCAUUAUUUAAUAUCAUCCGCAACUGACUGAUUCUACCCGUUAAUUAAACUGACGGUCGAUUUGUCUCAUCCUGUUCUCCACUUGCAAGUUCCCCCCCCCCCUUUGCUUUUGUUUCCGAAAAUCGUAGCGAUACGAUAAUCGUCACUUCAAUUCGUAAAGUUGUAGUCCAGCACAUUGUCUUCCACUCGUAGUUCGAAUUUUUCCUAAUACCUUGAAAUUCCGUAUAAUAAUAAGUACAUUUAACAAAAUCAUGAAUAAUCGAUUUCUAAGACACUCAAAUACAAUCACGAAGCUUCAAUAAAUUCAAAUGCUAAUCAGCUACAAAUAAUCAUGAUACUUGCAACAACAACAAAACUGAUCCCAAUGUCAGUCUCCGACGAUCAAUCGGCUAGCAUACAAAAAUUUAAUACAAAAAAAUCUGGUACUUCCUCCGUUAUCAUGCCUCGCUCAAAUUUUCGAAUAUGAAAAAAAAAAAAUAAUUAUAGCACCCGAUAAUUUAAGAUUGAAAAAAAAUCGAAUACUGGAAAAAAAACAAAGGAAAAUACGUUUUUCAUAACUUCGCGUUACUUUUCACGAUCAUUACAUGAAACAUAAAUAUUGUUAACCAAGUAUAGAGUGUAACGCGACGUAAAGCGUUGCUUUUAUUUAUUUAUAUUUAUUCAUUACUAAUCGGCGGUAGAUCGUCGCGGGAAAAUUCAAAUGAAAAUUCUCACGUCGCGACUCUGAAAACCGAUUUUACGGCAAUGCCAAAGAUCGUAUUUUCAUUCUAUACUCAUAAAGCAAGUACACUAGUUUCACGAAGGAAUGCUUCUCUAUAUUCGUAAAAUCGUAUUUUAUAAACAUUUUUCCCGAUUAUCGAUAACAAACUACUGUGCUCAACCGUGUCCCUUAUUGCGCAUUACGAUUCUCAUGCGACAACGGUCAAAUCCUCGGGGGAUUCUCGGAAGAAGGUCGAAGUAACAAAGGAUUUUUGUAAACACUGCUCGACGCUCUCCCAGCCAGGGGGGAUGUUUAGGUUUAAGUUUUCUUUUUCUAUUCUUUGUCCCGCAUGGCCUCUUCUUGGGAAUCAUGGCAGUUUCGACACGUGACGUUUUUUUUUGUUCCUUUGUUUUCGUACGACUCGGGACAGAACGUUGUGACGUAAUGAAAUAAGGAAUUAAAGGAUACUUGAAAAGAAUUGAAAAAUAAUUUUUAUAUGCCAAUGAACAUUUUUCAAGCAUUUCUUAUUGGUUGUCCCAAGAACUAAAAGUACAAAGUGAUAGUGUAAGAUAGUACAAAGUUAAACCAAUGUUAACAAAAGAAAAAGUGCCUUGAAACAAUUGUUUGUAUCUUUUCAAGCUAACCGCGACCGUCUUCAUACAUUUGUUUUCUUUAAUUAUUUUUUAUAAUUGAUUAAUUAGUGUUUAAGAUUGAGACCAAAAAAAAAACAAACUAAAAGACCCUAAGAAUCUCAUAGUUAUAUGGAUGAGUAAUAUAAGUUAAAAAAUGUUGCUUAGGACUACUGGCGUGAAUAAUGGAUAUUUGAGAAUGUUUAUGAUCUAAUGUUAUUAUAAUUAAGAAUAUAUAAUUAAUGUUAGUAUUGUUAUUAAUCAACGAUUAAUAUUCAAAGUUACACGGUGAUAUGGUUCCUCCAAUUGUUCCUACGAUUAAAUAGUAGCCACAUAACCUCUUGGGUAGUGGUGUAUUAUUAUAUGUACGAUCGUCAGUUUUUGAAAAAAGAAAAAAAUGGUCCACACGACCUGGGCAUGUCUAAGACUGUAUUUGAUAACGAAUUUAAAAAAGACGCAUUGGAAGUUAACGCUAUUCCUUUUGUUUUUUUUAUAUUAACAUAUAUCUCAUGAUUUUGUGCCUCGAUGACGUCAUUUGUUACUGACGAUCGUACAUUGGUUAAGGAAAAAAAAAAGGUACGAUUGUUACAGAUAUUUCUUGACGUAAAAGAUGAAUUUCUGCAAUAGUUUUAUAUUUGAUUUUCGCGCUCUAACACACCAAGUCUCUAUUGUAAUUUGCACAUUUUACAGAAUUGUACAAAAAUUAAUUUCAUCAUGGUCCAUCCACGUCAUCUUUCCUGCUCAUCCCUUUAGGGAGAAGGAAGGGAUAUGAGAGGAUGGACAAUUAUAGUUUUUAUAUAAUCCUUUACGCGUUUCUUUUCACAGAGGUUGUUUUUGGUGGCAUAAAUUUUUCAAAAAAAAAAAAAAAAGGAAAGAAUUUUAGUUCUUUGCACAAGUGAUUUUUUUUAGUUUCUUUAUUUUAUGACUUGAAAACAACCUCCUGCAUUUCUGUACACUGCACUCUCAUACCUUCGCUAUAUAUACUUAUAUAAUAUAUACUUGCAGAAAUGUAUAUUAAUAUCUAUUUUGUACUAUUUAACCGUAUGUCCUAUGUGUGUGAAUCUAUCGCGAUUAUUGAUUGUUUAAUAAAUAGCAUUUGCAGAAAAAAAA